UUUUAUUCGAACUGUAUUAUAGUUUUAACUAAAUGCAAUGGAAUGCCUUCAUUUUACCGAAAAGUUAUAAUAAACAGUUUUAUUUAAUCAAAACAAACAAAGUAGUUAAAUUCGGUCUAAGUCUUGAAGUUAGUGCUUCUAUUACAAUGAAUUUGGUUGUAACGUUGGUGCUAAUUUUCGCCUACAUAGAAUCUAUACAAAGUUUCGAUUCAAGGAAUAUUGUGUUCACGAUAGUGAGCCAGCCGGAGCCGUACCACGCCAGUGUCGCCAAGCGACUCAAACAGGACAUUGAGAACCAAGUGCUGCAACUAGAAAAACGUUAUCCAAAAACACAUAUAACACACGAGGAUUUCCCGGUGUCUGGUGCAUGGACGAUCCUGCCUCUCCUCGCGCCUCUGACGUCACAGUACAGACGUAGUGACGUCAGAUGGGUGCUGUUCGUCGAGACGCAUACAGCAGUGCGCUGUGACAAGCUCAUUCAGGCGCUCGCGGCUGCUGAUAAACAGAAGGACGUGAUGUGGAUAGGCUACCCUCUCAGUGAUGAGGAGCCGACCAUCAUCCACCACUUCACGUUCUACGAGGACCUGGAGGAAGAAGGUGGCUUCGUGUACCCUAACUUUGCCAGCGGUUUCGCCAUGAGGAUAGAACUAAUUGAAAUCCUUCUAAAACAGAUUGAAAACGGGCAGCGUCGCCUGGAGGCAGACUUCUCAAUAGACCCGGCGUUUGAACUGGCGCAACUGGUGUAUGGAGGUGGCACUGACCCUGGACCUCUGCUGACACCAGACCUCAGCUUCUGCAUUGUGUCUGGAGACAAUUGUGCGACGUAUCCCAGGCAGUUCGAUAUAUGUGGCAGUCCCAUACCUGAGGACUCGAUAUACUUCGCGGUGAAGACCUGGACUGGCUUCCACAACACCAGGGCCAGGGUUGUCAAGAAGACCUGGGGAAGACACGUGACACAUUUGGUGUUUUAUAGUGAUACAGAUGAUCCUUCUCUCCCGGCGGUCAGCACAGGGGUAGCAAACAGUAAGACUGGACACUGCGCUAAAACUAUGACCAUCUUGAGAAUGGUGCUCAGGAGAGUGAACAAUAUGCCCCAUAUCAAGUGGAUAUUCUUGGCUGACGAUGACACUAUACUUGGGGUCCAGCGACUGUGUGAAGUGCUCAGUUGUUACCGUGGUGGGGCUGAUGUGACCGUGCUUGGGGAGAGGUACGGAUACGGGUAUGGGAAGAAAGAAACUGCUGCCAAAGGCUACGACUACAUAACGGGUGGCGGCGGCACGGCGCUGAGCGUGGGCGGUGCGCGCGCGCUGGCGGCGUGCUCGUGCGGCGCCGCGCUGUCUGCCCGCGCCGCGCCCGACGACAUGACGCUCGGCGCAUGCGCACACCAUCGGCUCAACAUCUCCAUGACGCACUCUCCGUUGUUUCAUCAGGCCCGCCCCCAAGACUACGCUCGUGAGGUAUUAACAAGAGACCGUCCAGUGUCCUUCCACCGACACUCCUCACCAGAACCGACCAGGGUGUACGCCACCUGGUUCCAACAUGAUGACCUGGCCGUCAGGAAGACCAGGAGAAGAGAUGAGCUCUGAACAAGGAAGGUACUGCUCAAAUAUGACAGUAUAUUAGUUCACUGGUAAUAUUUAAAGUUUGUUAUUGGCAUUUUUGAAAAGAUUUGUUAAGAAUAAUAGUCGUUUGUCGUUUACUUUCUUAGUAAAUGUAUUUAUUUGUACUGAUAUAUUAUAUACUAUGUUGAACGGCUUAAUAUCAUAAUUAUCGUAAUGCCGACGAGGCUACUCGUCUAGUUUCAAGCCACACUCGGGGCCAUUGUAGUGUACAGUAUCAUCGUACGCAUUAUCAUCACCCACCAUAGAUAAUGGCAAAACACAAAUCUAAAAUGUUACUAAAAUAUUAUAAAUGCGAAAUUUGUGCGUAUGUUUGUUACUCAAUCGCAUCAAAACGACUGAACGGAUCGGAGUGAAAUUUGUAACAGGGAUAGAUUAUGGUCUGGAAUAAUACAUCAGCUACUUUCUAUCCCACGUGACCGGCGAAGCUGCUGGCAGAAGCAAUAAUUAAAAAGAAAUGUGAUAAAAUGACAUCACAAAUAUUAUCAUUAUUCACUAACAAUAGAUUUUUAGUUUUCAUUUCGCUUGUAGAUGCAUUUUUUAGCAUGCGGUGUGCAGCACCACCCCCCUUUCG